AUGCGGGGCACCCCUCCUGCCCGGCUGGGCAGGGACAACCAGGGGCUUUUGAACAUCCCCACGGAGGCUCCUCACCGCAUCCCAGGGCCUCCCGCGGACCGUCAGCCCACCCAGCAGCGGCCCAUGGACAGAGAGAUGGGGCUCCUGGGGCAGGCUCCCUCCUGGCCAGGACCUGCCCACCUCACAGUGGACCGUGACCUCGAGGAUCUUUUUGGGAACCAGGCCUCCCCGCCCCCUGCUGGGGGUGAGCUGGGGUCUGGACCACGUCCCCCAGGGGGUCUUGGAACUCGGCUGAGAGCAACCCCACGGAGCCCCCUCCCAGGCUCGAGAGGGUCAGAAGGGGGCCCAGACCAGGCCCUGGGCCACAUGCCCAUCAUUCAGGCAGGAAGUGCCCAGAGCCUGUCAUGGGGGCAGCUCGAGGAGGCCUUGGAGCCCAGGGCAGAAGCAGCCUCCGUGAGGGGGCAGGCUCGGAGCCCCGGGGGCCCUGGGGCGUCACUCCCGGCCCCCCCACCCGGGCCCCCGGCUUCCUCCCGAGCGUCCAGCUGCGUGCCCCGGACCCACCUGUUCUUCCUGAAGGUGCAUAAGUGCGCCAGCAGCACGGUCGCCAACAUCCUGUUCCGCUUUGGGGAGAAGCGUGGCCUCACGUUCGCGCUGCCCGCCAACGGUGCCCCCCACUUCUCCUACCCGAGCUACUUCUCGGCCAGCCACGUUGAGGGCUUCGACGGCAGCCUGGGCUUCGACAUCCUGUGCCAACACCUUCGGUUCCAGCCCACGGAGGUGAGUCCGGGGCCUGAGGGGGCGGUACACUGCCCGAUGCGGCUGCCCGGAGCCUCUGCACAGGAGACCCCAGGGGACCUGGGCGAGCACCCUGCCCCCUCUGCCCUGGAGAGAGUGCAGCGUGUCAUGCCCAGCGACACCUUCUACCUCACCAUCCUGCGUGACCCUGCCUACCUGCUCGAGUCGGCCUUCUCCUACUACAAGGCCGCGUCGCCCUUCGCCCGUGCCCAGAGCGUGGGCCACUUCCUGGAGCACACCGGCACCUUCUACGACCCGCUGCAGCCCGACAGCCACUACGGCCGGAACCUCAUGGCCUUCGACCUGGGCUUCGACCACAACGCGAGGCCCACCCGCCAGCACACGGCCCGGAUGGUGCGGGCCGUGGCCGAGCGCUUUCACCUGGUGUUGAUUGCCGAGCACUGGGACGAGUCCCUCGUGCUGCUGCAGGACGUGCUGUGCUGGGAGCUGGACGACGUGGUGGCCUUCCCCAGCAACCAGCGUGCUGCCUACGCCCGUGAGCCGCUGGACCCCAGCACCGAGAGCAGGGCCCGCGCCUGGAACGGGCUUGACUGGGCCCUCUACCAGUACUUCAACCGUACCUUGUGGGAGCGGCUGCGCGCCCUGGGGGCCGGACGCCUGCAGCGAGAGGUGUCCGCGCUGCAGCGGAGGCGGGAGGAGCUGGCUCAUACCUGCCUCCCGCACGGGCUGGGUGCCAUGCCUGGCGCCGUGCGGGACCCACAGCUGGCACCCCUGGACCACGGCCUGGCGCCCAUCCUGGGCUACGAGCUGAAGCCUGGCCUGGCCCCGGCCACGGAGCGCACCUGUCGUGGCCUGGCCACCCCUGAGCUGCAGUUUGGCCGCCGUCUCUACCUACGCCAGUUCCCGGAGAAGGCGCUGCGGCUCUCCAGGACCCGGGGAGGUCCCAGGGACCAUGGUGACAACAAUGGCUGUCCCCAGUGCUCCUGGGCCAUCCUGGCUCUGCAGAGGGAGGGAGGAGGGGGCUGCUGUGCCCUGCUGUGCAAACUGGGCCAUGUGGAGGUGAGUCUGGAGGACUGGGUGACCACAAAGAGAGAGCAGGAGCUGGCGGGGGACACCUCCUCCUGA